UCGAGGAGACCAGUCAGUGACACUGACACCGGAAUUUUAAUGUGACAGUUUAGUCUGAUAUUUUAGAAUGAAGUUCAAUCCUUAGGAAUCCUAUCCUUCGUUGAUUAGAGGUUACAGUAGCUGAGCUCUUACCUUUACUUCUUCCUUGAGAGUUGUCACGUUUCACUCCUUUGAUCUUUCUGUUAAUUUAAAUGCUGUAAACAUUUCAAGAAUUUGUAACGAUCUACCCCUAAUUCACCUUCGAUUGGAUAUUUUACACCAAUAUGAAGCCUCAUCCAGGGCAGUCACCUUCAAUGCUGAAAUAUGUCAGUCUUGUGACAUUGACACUGCAGAAUGCAGUCCUGGGCCUGAGCAUGCGCUAUGCUCGCACUAGACCAGGGGACAUGUUUCUAUCAUCAUCAGCUGUCUUGAUGUCUGAGUUUGUAAAACUUAUUACCUGCUUGGGUAUUGUGUGGAAAGAAGAGGGAAGUUUUGCAAGAGCCACAGCAUCAAUACACAAUACAGUUAUAAAACAGCCCCUAGAUACAUUGAAAGUUUGUGUUCCAUCUCUGGUGUACAUUAUUCAAAACAAUCUUCUCUAUGUGUCUGCCUCACAUUUAGAUGCUGCCACUUAUCAGGUCACUUACCAAUUGAAAAUUUUGACUACUGCCAUGUUCGCUGUAACAAUGCUGCGUCGGUCCCUCUUGAAAACUCAAUGGAUUUCUCUUGUGACUUUGGUACUAGGAGUUGUUUUGGUUCAACUUGCCAACACUGACCCCCCAAAAGUAAUAGUUGGAGGUCCAGAACAAAAUCGAGUUAUAGGCUUCUCUGCAGCUCUAUGUGCUUGCCUACUCUCAGGAUUUGCUGGAAUUUACUUUGAGAAAAUCCUUAAAGGGUCGGAUAUUUCAGUUUGGAUGCGGAAUGUUCAGCUCAGUUCGCUUUCCCUUCCUAUUGGACUUUUCACCUGUUUGGUCACUGACUGGGAAGUUAUGACAACCAAAGGAUUGUUUUUUGGCUAUAAUGGAUUUGUGUGGUACCUUGUAGUACUACAGGCAGGAGGUGGUCUUCUUGUUGCCAUGGUUGUAAAAUAUGCAGAUAACAUAUUAAAGGGAUUUGCUACAUCUCUUGCUAUAAUCUUGUCCUGCAUUGCAUCAAUAUAUCUUUUUGAAUUCAAUUUGACCUUUCAAUUUGCUCUGGGGGCAGCUUUAGUGAUAGCUUCAAUAUUUCUGUAUGGAUAUGUCCCUCCAAAUCCAAACCAGCAAAGUAAAGUUUAAAUGAUAAAUCGCUGCUUGUGUGUAAAUAUACUUAGUACAGAGUAUGCAUUAGACCCCCAAAACAGGAAGAUAUAAUAGUUAGUAAAAGUUACACUUUUAACAUUGAUUCAAAGUUUAAUCAAGUACUGUUUUUUUGUGACAAAUAUAUCUGUGAAGAGCUACUAAUCAUUUUAAAUUAGGAAAGGACCACUCACUGGCUGGAUUGGAAUUACUUUGUUCUUUUACUGAAAAAGACAAUCUUGUGCCAAAUGCUCAGCAAAAACAAGACUACAUAUAUUAUGUUUGAGAAUAUCUCUACUAUACCUAUUCAUCAAUCAGUUUCAUGCUGAUAGUGUGUGUGACUUUGACAGGCGCGGAUUAAAGGGGGGUGGGCGAUCGGCCCCCUGUCGGCUCUAGAGAGCCGCCUUAAAGGUAGGCAAUCUACGCCACAAAACCCCUGUAUGUAGGCAACCGACAGUGCAUCGCCCCCCCUGUCAGUCGGACCUUAAUCCGCCACUGGACUUUGAAGACUUCUUGUCAAUUUAUCAAUUCAAGUUCCUUGCUUGUAAUAGCUACUAGCUUUGAAAAUUAGGUUUGUGUACAUGGUAUAUUUAUUGCAAGUACUUAAUUUUUAAUCAACUGGGAUUGUAUUUCUUGUAUUGACUGUGUCACUGAUUGUUGAACAAUCAUCAAUUUAUUGUUGGUUCUUUUCCCUAGAACUUUAAUAUUUAUUUUAGUUUGGAUCUAAUUUAGUUCCUUUAUUAAAAUUUUACAUAAUGUUAGCAGUAGUCAGUAAACUGGCAGUGCCUUUUUCUUGUCUUCCAUAUAUUUUAAAAAUAUCUUAGAGUUUUAGUGCGUAAGUUAAAUCUGGUAAGGUUCAUUGUUAACUGACCCCACUUUUAUAGCAUUGCAAUGCAAGUUAAGGAACACGGUAUUUAUCUCCCAUGAUGAGUAAAGGCUUGAUAUUCUGACAAAGCUCAUAAAUUUCAAUAGAGAAAAUUGUUUGUAUUAAUUUCAGGUAUUUUGUUGUGUGAAUGUUAGGGUAAGCAAAAGUUGGUUACCACCAAUUUACCGCUCAAUGUAUUGCACUGAAACAUAUAGGUUGGUUUCAAAUCCAAUUACGUGUAAGUCUUCUAAAAGAAGACAACAUUAUUAUCAAAGUUCAGAUUGAACCAUCCAAAAUUAAGUGUUGAAAUGUGAUUGUAAACGUUUAUUUUGAACGCUUGAGUUAGACAAGAUUUCAAAAUUGAGGAGACAUUGAAAUAAGACCCUUGAUUUGUUUCAAGCUGAGGUGCUAUUUAAUAGUGUAAGUAUUAGUAAUUUAUGCCAUUCAUUGUAUCCUGGUUUACAGAUUCCACAGUUCAAAUUGUUUAAAUUCACUUGAUUACUGCUGAAAAUGUUCCUAGGUAAACAGUUAAAAAAUUCAUUUCAUACUGUUUCGUUGUUCAAACAUGCUGUAGUAUGCAGAUAUUGAAUAUUUACCACUCAUCAAUUUUCUACUUGUAUCAUUUUCUCGCCACCUCAUAAAAGAUCGCUAAAAUUUGAGAAAACUCGUGUAUGUGUCUAUUUCAGGAGGCAAAAAAGGAAAAGACAGAAUGUUGUACAGUACAUACCACAUUUAUUUUACAGCAUAUCAACGAAUUUAUUUAAAUGAUGUAAAGUAUCCGCAUUGAAAAAUAAAACACUGAAUCAUGA